AUGGGAGAUGCUACAGGCACUUUUGGGCAUGGUACCAUCAAAGGUACUGGCAUUGCCUUGAUUGUACUCACCUCUCUGGUUCUCGGCACUCGCUUUGCUGGUUCUAUUCGAAGUUUCAAGGACCUUAAGGCUGAGGACUACCUUCUAAUUGUCGCUUACAUAUUCUUCUUGGAAUUGACCAUUCUCUACAUCUACAUCUCCCCCGUCAUCUUGCGGAUAGCAGAGGUCUCUGCUGGAACGAUUCCUCCCUAUGCCACCCUCCCGGACGAUGGACUCAAAUUACAGACUGUUUUCUUUGUCACGACAUCUUCGUUAUGGAUUUGUUUGUGGAUGAUCAAGUUUUCGCUCAUGGCGAUGUAUAAGCGAUUGUUGGUUGGAAGAAAAUACCUCAUCGCCUGGUGGGUUAUUAUGGGAUUCUGUGUCCUGUUUAUUAUUGGUUGCAUUCUCUCAUCAUGGCUCUCAUGCUCGAGCUUCCACAACUGGUUUACUGUAGGCAAAUGCAGCACUCCACGCGAUCAUCGGGCGGCUGUCAUCAGUUUAUACUACUCAUACGCGGUGGACAUAGUCACUGAUCUAGCAAUCAUGAUUCUCCCCAUCCGCCUCAUCUGGAACCUGCAGAUGAAACCGCGCCAAAAGCUGAGCAUUGGAGGGCUCUUUUGCUUUGGCUGGGUUUGCAUUAUCAUUUCCACCAUUCGCGUCGUCCAGCUAGGUGAGACUGAGAACGGCGUGCCUGCCCCAUCCUGGCUAGCGCUAUGGGGAACUAUCGAAGCCUCAAUUGCCGUCAUGAUCGGUUGUUGCCCCGGCCUCUAUCGCGUGGUUAAAACCGCCAUCUCGCCCUCCAAGACAUCCUAUCCGUAUGAUUCCUACAACUUGCGGGGGCGUGGAGCUAGUGGUAUGCCAUCGCACCGCUCGGGUGCGUACGGGGGAGGUAUUGCUUUGAAUAGCUUUGGGGGAAAGGAUGAGUCGUACCAGUCGGCCAGUGCAUACCGGUCUACCAGUCCGUCAAGCAGUCAGGAAAAAUUGGCGCAUCCCAGUGACAGGAGGAAUAUUAUGGUUAAUUAUGGAGUUGCUGUGACGGUAGAGGAUCGGCCGAGUGAUUAUGCCCGGACGGCACACUUUGCAUAG